UAUAUUAUACACUUGUAGACAAUGGUAUAAAAAUAUACUUGCAUUUACAGUUUGCAAUUAUAACUUUACAUUUGAACAAAACAAACUUCGUUCACUUUGAUGUAAUGGACGUUUCAACUUAAACAACACUUUGUUGAAAAAAUAUUAUGACAUAUUAUGACCUCGUUGUAAUCAUCCCAGUUGUUAUACUAGUAGUUGGAGUAGCUUUUGCUGUCCUUCUUGUGACAGUUAUUUACUGUUGGAUGAAAGUUCAUAAUUCACCAAUAAACCACGAAGCUAGCACUGGCAACGUUUUUUCUACAGACAACAUACCGCCUUCAUAUUCAGAAUUAUCGUUUGGUCUCCCACCCUCGUACAGUCAAAUUCAUUGUUCAAUGUUAUGUAAUACACAAUCAAGUGACGGGGUAUCUUUGGAGGAACAGACGGCGAACACUGAACAGGUACUAGCCAGAAUAAAUCAUACAGAAUCACUUACACAUCUGAAUGGACUGGAACAUACAGCGCACAGUGAACAGGAAACCAGUAUACAUCAUACAGCGAACAGUGAACAGGAAACCAGUAUACAUCAUACAGCGAACAGUGAACAGGAAACCAAUAACAGACAGCAAACUUUGAACAAGAAACCAGUAAUAUAUCAGCAAGUAUGA